AUGGAUCAAACUUCAAAUCCGUCUAGAACCGUCUCACACUUGGAAAAACUGUUGAUAGCGAAACAUGGACAUCUACGUCGCUCUGUUGUGUGUCGCAGUUGUCCUUUGGAUAGCGUGGAGAUGGAAGAAAUUAUCAGUGUGGCAGAACCUGGGAAUACCAGGACCCAAACCGAAUUUGAUCUUUGGCAAUCUUCUCGAACUCUACAAAAAAGGGCCUCUGAAAUGCCACGAAGAAUGGGUCAAGAAAUAUGGAAGAGUGCUUGGCUAUUUCUAUGGUAUGAAGCCCGUGUUAUUGGUGACCGAUCCAUACAUUCUGAAAAACAUAUUCAUCAAGGAUUUUAAUAAAUUUAUCAACAGAGAGUCCUUCCACCCUCUGAACAAAUACUCCAAGAAGGAUGAGGGCUCUCAAAGCAUCCUGAUCCUGCCAGGACAAGCUUGGAAAGACGUCAGGAGCAUUCUUACUCCAACGUUUACGACGACCAAAAUGAAACAGAUGUCGGGGAGCAUGAAGUCGUCUAUUGAAACCAUGUUGGAAGUUUUGCAAGAAAAAUCAAAGAAAGGACAAGGAUUCGACAUAUUUGAUGUCUAUCAGAGGUUAACCAUGGAUGUCAUUACCAAAACGGCGUUCGGCAUUCAGACGGACAUACAGACAAAUACCAAAUCAAGCUUACUACGUGCCACCAAGCUCAUCUUCUCCGCUUCUUACAGAGACGCAAUUGUAUUUAUUGGAUUGACAUUCCCAAUUCUUCGGAAGCUUUGCUUGAGGGUGCAAGAGUUCAUCGCAACCCUUCUGAACAAGGGAAGACCCCCCCACACCAUGCUGCGAAGGGGGAUCAAGAAGGUGGUAGAAAUGAGAAGGAGUAAUCCUGAGGCUAGGAAAAACGAUCUGCUGCAGCUGAUGAUAGAUUCUUCUGCCGCUGAAUCCGGAGAUGUGGAUGUUUCAAGACUAGAAGCAGGAAAUGUGGAACUUGAAAAACGUGGAAAUGAAGAAACUGGUAAUAAAAAGACAAGGAGAAUGACAAAUGAAGAGAUAGUAUCCAGUGCAUUUGUUGUCCUGCUGGCUGGUUACGAAACGACAAGCACAGCGUUAGCUUUCACGACAUACAUACUCGCAAAAUAUCAAGAUGUGCAAGAAAACUUGUAUCAAGAAAUUAAAGAUCUGAUCGAACGAGGCCAGAAGCUGGAAUAUGCUACCAUAAAUAAGCUUCCCUACCUUGACAAGGUUCUUUGUGAAAGUCUCAGGAUGUAUCCACCAGUUCAUUUAUUUACUAAUCGCUAUGCUGUCGAGGACGUCCAAUACGGGGAUAUCUACAUUCCCAAAGGAACUCUGAUCCAAGCUCCUGUCUACCUGAUGCACCAUGAUCCAGAUUUUUGGUCAGAGCCAGAGAUAUUCGAUCCGGAGAGGUUUAGUACCAAGCCUAAUAUGGAAGGAAUUACGUACCUGCCAUUCGGAGUUGGACCGAGAAACUGUCUGGGAAUGCGUUUUGCACAACUCGAAGCGAAAUUAGCCCUGGCAAACGUCGUCUACAAAUUCAAGAUAAAAUUGGAUGAAAAGCAGAAGGAUAAUUUGGAAAUUUUGUGCCGCCUCCGAUUUUUGACACCAGCCAAAGUGGGCGUCAAAUUGGAGCCAAGACAUGAAGACAACUGAGAAAACAAGUACAAUGACUUUCAAAUGCAGCUAUAGUUGCAUCUUUUUGUUAACUAAAGAGUUAAUUAUCAUUGCUCUUGUGAAUUCGUCUUUUCUUUUGGUUCAUGAUGUAUAUAACGAAGCAUUUUUUAAAAUAAAAGAAUUUCUAUUUAAAAAUUCA